AUGUCUUCCUCCCAACUCCCCGCUCUGUACAGAGAGCUGUCCGCGUCUUUUAAUACCAGGACCCCAGACUUGAAGAAAUGCGGUAAAUUACUCGCACAGCUCAAGAUCGCGCUCAUUGAGAACGGCCUGAUAUUUCCCUCUUUUGAUAAGAACAAGGAAGAUCUUAAGGUGACACGCGACAUCUUGGAGAUCGGCGCGUACUGGAGCAUACGAACGAAGGACGUCCCUUCGUUCGACCGCUAUUUCUCCCAGCUUCAGACUUUCUACGACGACUUCAGCUCCAUUCUCCCUCCGUCUCAACGAGAAUUCCCCAUUCGCGGCUUGAACCUCAUUCGCCUACUCAUUCAGAACCGCAUCGCAGACUUCCACACCACGCUCGAAUCCUUACCAUUAUCUGCGGACGAAAUCGCAUCCAACCCUUUCAUUCAGCACCCGGUCAAUCUCGAGCUGUGGCUCAUGGAGGGAAGCUACUCGAAGGUCUGGAACGCGCGGGAAGAGGCUCCGGCAGAAGAGUACAAGUUCUUUGUUGAGAGCUUGAUGGGCACCAUCCGAAACGAGAUCGCUAGCUGCGAAGAAGCAGCAUACCACGUCUUGCCACUAAAAGACGCCGCAACUCUGCUAUUCUUCCGCAAUCAAUCAGAGCUACUCAACUUCGCAAAGGAGCGAGGGUGGCAGGUAGACAUCGGCGCAGGUCAGAUCAUCUUCCCGCAUAAAUCGGAAGAGGAUUUGGAGAUUCCCCGGGAGAAACUCAUUGCCAACGACCUAGCGUACGCACGGGAGCUGGAGCAGAUCGUGUAA